AAUAACGGAGGCAGCCUUCCUGAUGAGUUUGUUCAGUGUGUUUGUGUCUCUGGUUCCGAUGCUGCUGCCCCAGCAGACGAUAGAGGAGAACAGAGCGCUGGCCACAACAGACUGGUAGGACAUCUCCAACAUCCUGCUGCACACGUUGAAGGAUCUCAGCUUCCUCUGGAAAUGGAGUCUGCUCAUCCCCUCCUUGUAAACAGCAGUGCUGUUGAUUUUCCAGUUCAGCAUGAUUGAGACAGUAGGAAGACAGGAGAGGAUGGGAGAGAGAGAGGUCAAUCACAGAGUGGACCGAGGCACGGGAGAAAGUAGGCCUAACCGUAAAGAAGACCUUUAUCUGGGCUUUUUAACAAAACAACACCUGAUUAUGAUAUCUGUGGCUGUUGGACUUGUCAUCCUGGUGAUUAUCGUUACUGUCGCAGCCGUGCUCGCCACAAAGCAAGGUUCCUCAGCAUCUCUUCCCCCGUUUCCUCCUGGUGGAGACAUGCUGGACUUCCUGGUUCAGUCGGGUGAGAUCAGUGAACCUGACGGUCUGUUGGCCACCUGGUUUCACAGAGCCAAUAACAAGGAGGAAAUGAACAAAGCUCUCACAAGUGAGGCUAUGAUCCUGGAGGCUGAUAUCACUCUGGACGGUUAUGGGACACCCAGUGAGAAGCCAAUCCCUAUCAUGGCCCACCCUCCUGACAUCUAUAGUGACAACACACUGGACCAAUGGCUGGAUGCUGUGCUGGCCUCUAGAAAAGGCAUGAAGUUGGAUUUUAAGUCUCUGGGAUCAGUGGGUUUGUCAUUGGACCUGCUUAGUCAAAAGAACAUUAGCAGAGGAAUAAACAGGCCUGUGUGGCUGAAUGCUGACAUCCUUAAAGGUCCCAACACACCAGACUUUGUGCCUCUAGUCAAUGGAACCAGAUUUCUGCAGUUGAUUCAGGAGAAGUUUCCAGAUGCCACUUUGUCCCCUGGAUGGAAGGUGGCCUAUUCUCCUCCAUUGUUCACUGCGACCUACACCAGGGCCAUGGUGGAAGACAUGUACGCUAUGGUCAAAGAUGUCCCCCAAAAGGUGACAUUCCCGGUCCAUGCCUUGUUGGUUCGCAGUGGCUGGCAGCACCUCAGCUGGCUCCUCAGCCAGUCACCACGGUUCAGCCUGACUUUGUGGCAGGGUUCUAUCCGCCCAAACGUCAGCGACCUGCUGUUCGUCCGUGAGAACAGCCACCCUACCAGAGUCUACUACGAUAUAUACGAACCAACGCUGUCGGAAUUCAAACAGGCUGCAAAGCAGCAGGGCCUCCUGAGGAGAUUCUAUCCUGGGGGAGACCUGAUGGACUUCCUCUAUCCGAUUCACAACCCUGACUCCCUGUCCACGGCCGCACAACGCAACAGCCUGGCAGUCCAUUGGUUUACAGUCACUGAGCGAUCCUCCCUGUUGGCUCAGCUUUCAGAUGGUGAUGGUGGUAUGCUGGUGGUUCAGGUGACCGCUGACAGGAACCAGCCUGAAGUCCCUCUGCUGGAAGGUUCUGGGAAGAGCUCAGAGGCCCUCACACUGCAGGACAUCCUGCAGCUGCUCGGGCAGAGAGCUGAUGCCCCCUGGGGUGUUCACCUGCGGAUCCGCACUCAGCAGCUUCUGGAAGCUUCUCUCAAACUGCUGCACUCAGCCUACAGCGAAGAGACGCUCUACAGGCCUGUCUGGAUCAGCAUGGAGGGUCUGCAGAGCACUGACAGCACCACGGAGUUUGUAUCCACAGUAGAGAGGCUGUUCCCUUACGUCACCCUGGUCCUGACGGAGCAGAACUGGCCUCCUCGGAUCCCAGCGACGGGCUGGUCUCAGAGGGUGGCGCUACACCUGAACACCGCAUCGCUGCCGGAAGGACAGGAGGCGCGGAACUCUCUAAUGGCACUGAUGGAUAGAUAUGACCUGAUAGUAGAGGAUACAACACGCAGUGCUGGAGCUCUCGAGGUCUUUAAAGGACUUGUGAGCCAGCGUACAGGCAGAGCAAACACAAACCUGUAUGUGAUAUCUGAUCGAUCCUAACGGUGGAUGGACUCGACUGACCCAGAGAUACGUCAGUUAUCACUUAAAAGGAUAUUUGUGUCAUACAGUUGCCUCUUAAAAUGACAUAUUGGAAGAAUUGGAUAUAUUGGAAGGCUAAUGUUAUCAGGCUGAUACUGGCUCGUUACUGAUCUAUCCAGUCCCUCCAGAAAAAUGUGAUUAUACGAUCGCAUAAUUCAGUGCAUAAUGAGCCAAAGUCCGCAUAUUUAUGCGGGGGCUGCAUUUUUUCAAAUACGGCGCACUUUCGCCGCAUAAAUCACUUUUUUUUUCCUUUUUCAUCAAACCACAGUUUUUGC